AUGCAAACCCUCCAGCAAACCCAGAAUGAAGCCCUAAUAUUCCUACAAAGGAAAAUAGAGGACCUGGACAAUAGGGGAAGGCGCAAUAACCUCAGAAUUAGAGGCAUCCCUGAAGCCCCUGAAGGGACAAAUGAAAACAUAACACAAACCCUCACAAAUCUCUUUAAUCAGCUCCUGGGCAGACCGUUAGACACCCCCAUUAAGCUGGACCGCGCUCACAGAGCAAUACGGCCAAAAGCGUUGACGAAUGAGACACCAAGGGACAUCAUUUGCAGACUCCACCAUUUUCCCAUCAAAGAGACGAUUCUUCAAAAAGCCAAGCAAAUCAGAGACAUUGCAUUUACCGACCACAAAGUGCAGAUAUUCCAGGAUUUGGCGCAAUCCACGCUGAUAGCGAGAAGAGCACCGCGCCCGAUAACAAAAGCACUCUCGGACCGCAACAUACGUUUCCGCUGGGCAUACCCCUUUGCUUUAGUUGUGAAUCGCCAAGGGAAGACACACUCAAUAUCAACUGCGGCGGAUGUCUUGAUGUUCCAACAAGCCCUAGGCAUACCCACCGACGCGGUGGAAGAUUGGACUGGUCUAUACAUGGAACAGGACAGGCAAAUGCCCCAGAGGGCCAAAUGGCAACGCAGCCCCAGGAAACGUGGGAGAUGGGCCCCCUCGGGAAACAAACUGCCCACGACACCAAAAGGAACUGCCACGAGACCGACCUAA